AUGCCUUUUUCUGACUAUGAAUCACCUAGUGAUCCUCCUGAUGACUCUGAUUUGGACAAAGACUAUAUCCCGUCUACUGACAAUGAAUCUACAGAUGUGCCGGCUCUGGAACAAAACUCAACUUUAGAGUUCUCUAAUCCUAUUGCGUCUGAGAUCGUGGAGCUGUCGUUGCAAUCAGACGUCAAAGAGGAUAAAUGCCUAGAAAAGUCUGUUGUGGCGACUUCUGUAGCAGUAGUAGAGGGAGAUCUGAUGCCAUUUCCUUUGUUUCCUGUAGACGUGACAGUGACUGAGUAUGCAAUUCACAUGCACCAGACCUGUGAGGCAGUACAGCAGUGGUUCUAUGAACAGGUGUUCAACUGUUCGUACUACCCUGUCCUGGGCAGCCACUGUUUCUCCACUCUAGCACAGAGCUCCAAGAAGGAGUAUGGUCGUAGCCCACCGGUAGCCAUGAGAAACGUAUUUGACGUAUUGGAGCGAAUCUGUGGCAGGAACGUUCGCAGAUACUUCACACCUCUCGAUAAACAGCCUGAGGACCCCAAUGGUAAGGUGAUGUUUGUAUACUUUGCUUACAAGCAGUUGGUUGACUUUAUGAAAGCCCAGGGAGCUUUAAUUAACCAUGUGGAGCCCAAGUACCUUAUGAGCUAUGACGACUAUUGCGUUUACUCGCAGAGUUCUGACAAAAAGGAGGAGUGUAACAAUGAGUUACUGAGCAUCGGGGUGUUCAAAUGUGUUACAACUCAGUGUUGGUUGGACCUGUUCCUGCAGAUUUACAGAACUCUGAUCCUUGGACCAACUGUUGGAGUGAAGGUGGGAAUGUUGGAUCAAGAGGCGGCAGUCAGUGAGGUGCCACACAAGACCAAGUAUGGGAGACCGGAGGAUGUGCUGAUGAGCUGGCUGACUCAUCACUACAACACUCAGCGACUUAUAGUCUGGCCUGAUAAGCCUUCCAGGCCCAGAACUGUCACCAACCUGGAUUCAGAUCUGGAAGAUGGACUGGUUCUAGCCACAGUCACAGCAGCUUACUGUCCCUUUCUAUCACCCCUUCACUUCCAGGCCAUGUUUACCCAGCCCACCACUGUCAGUCAGGCCUACCACAACACAGUGUGCCUGACAAGUGCGUGGGACAAGAUCAGACUUGGAUACUCUGUGACUCCACGUGAUCUGAUGCGACCCAACGUUGUUAACAUGCUGAUGUUAGUCGCACACCUCUACCGCAACCUGUCCUCCUACAAGCUGGAGACCACCGUCUCGUUCAUGGCCACUCUCAACACCAGUGAGACUCAGGUUGUGACUCUGGAGAACUCAGAAGAGUCGGCUGUAACAUACCACAUUGAAAUUUUACCAAAUAACAGCAGCUUCGAGAUAGAUGAUAUGAAAGAUUCGUUUGUGCUCAAAAACAAACAGAGAGGAGAGAUUGUUGUGAGGUAUACGGCCCGCAGCAUGGUCAAAGUUGAUGCAAUACUGCUGCUUUGCGGUGCCUGCAUGCCACCUAAGUUUGGUCGCAACUACGUUUUCGGAUUGGAAGGCCACCCAGUGAAGCUGCCUGUAUCUGCGAUCUUCAACAUCAUAUCUCCUCUCAAUACAGCAGCUGUCACACAUAUUUCUGUGGAGACACCACACACGCUGGAGCAAGGCGGAGCCACAGUUCUGUACGAUAUCUGGACUACCAUGUCAGAACCACAGCCAGGCAAUUUGAAUGCUCUCAGUUGGGCCAAGGAGAGAAAACGAAGAGUGCCACGGCGGUUGUUCAUUCUCUCAGAGAUGCUGGAGAUUCAGCCUAUCAAGCGCAACAAGAGCGGACAGCUGAGACUACAAGUGUGCUGUUUCUCCCAGGCUGUCCAACACUACUGGAUCAUUUUCAAGAACGCAGAGAUCGGUGAUUUCAUCGUGCAGUUGCAGAUAACACCCAGCGCACCCGAGCCCUCACUGACUCUGGUAGUCUCCCUAAGUUGUCUCACCCGCUGCAACUGUGUCGGUGAGAAACAGUUUAUCUGCAGCCGGUCAGCUGUUGUUAAUGUCCCAUGCCGUAAUCUGGACCAGUGGUCAGCGGUUCGCACCAUGUUUGAGCUCACCAUUCCAUCAUCAGAGAAAGAGUUCUGGGCCACGUACCUCGAAUCAAACAUUGGGUUUCGGUUGUUGCAAUGGAUGUUAGAGGAGAAAAAGGAAAAGCUGACUGAAGAAGUUGAACAGAUAUUCAAGAAGAGUAAAACAUACAAAGUCACCUGUAGCUCACCCAAUGUGUUCUGUAAUCCUGUACUUCAAAUACCAAAUGUGAGAGCGAGGACCUCGGUACCAAUUCAUCUACACAUUGAUGAAGAUACGCCAAACCAAUCUACAACACUAACCUUGACUUCUACUGAUGGUCAAGAGAGCCGCUGCUAUUUAUUAAAUAUCUCUUGUAAUGGAUGAUUCGUUAAGAGAUAAGUAAAUUCAAAGUGGGAACAUCUUUUUAUACACUUACUUGAUUUUAAUUUAAUUUAGUUAUGCUGUUUUAUCUUUUCCCAAUAUUUUAAAUCAUUUCCCAAAACAUUGGGAAUGGAUUUACAGCUUCUGGGUAUGUCUGGCAAUAACCUAUGUUAUUACA